CCCAUGCCCAGGACCUCGGGAGGGCACAGAGGGAGGACGACAUCGGGAUAGGGUUGGUACCUGCCUUGCACGCUUGUUUGGAGGGGUGUGGUGGUUGGAUGUGGAUAUACUUCCUCCCUCUGCCAGGUACCGAACUAUCGCACCGUCAACAGAGCGGGCAUCUAAGCAUCUUUCUUACGACAAUUUUGAGGCUCUCAAAAAGGCACCUGCGAGGCUGCGAUUCGGACUUUCUGGACUCCCCGCCAUGCGAGGUAUGUGUACGCGAGUACCUUCCCCCCUUUCCAAGGCUUGGGGGCUGAUAACUCAGGUCCAUACUACACAUCCACUCGCAAAUGCGUAUGUAAUGUACAAGGACCGCCCCUGUCCCCGUGAUACCUCUUGCACCGUUGGCAGUUCGCUUGACCUUGUACAUUUCUGCAAAACCGCCAGCACGGCUUCCUGUCACGAAAGCUGGAGGAUUGGGGACCAUACAUAGCGAUACGAUGCGAUACGAUGCGAUACGAUGCGAUACGAUGCGAUGCGAUGCGAGGAGAAAGUUGGAAGUUGGGGAGCCCUCUAGUGUUGAUAGCUUCGGAAGAGAAACGAACCGGCACGUCGAAACGGAUUUUGGCGCAGAUCAAGUGGAUUUAUCGCCGAUUGAACUUGAUGCAAUCGAUCGGUACGAUGGGGGAAACGGCGGUGAAAGGAGUGCAGGUUACCAAGUGUGUAGGUAG